UUUGCGAAAUUUGUGAAUGCGGUUGUGUGCAGCAUGCGAGGCAGACAGACAGACACCCUCACACACAGGCCAUGUCAACAGCGGUCCACUCGGAGAGAGGGAGGGGGGGGACUGAGUGUGCGGUGUGUGUGUGUGUGUGUGUGCAAAGCAGUCUUAAAUCGGCCAACCAAGCGUCGAAUGAAGGUCCAUUGGCGUGGCCACCAGCACACACACACACGCACUCACUCACUCCUCCUGCACCCACAGGUAAAAGUGACUUAUGCCGACACAAGGUUCAGAAAAGGCACUCAUCCAGUCGCACAUCUCAGGAGGGGCAACAUGGAAGCCACUCUUGAGGCACCAUCAUCAACGCGCGCACGCCAGAAGUACUGGCUUGCCCUGUGUGUGUCGCCUGUACUUCGCCCUAAGAACAUGUGGUCGAUGUCCAUGAGGGGAAGAACAGUCGACACACGGCAGGCCAGGAGACUGGUGGGCAGCGAGGAGAGGGGCAUAGACAGAUGGAGGCUCGGGACACCUGGCUGGACACGCACGCACCCAACGUCACGGCUGUAGGCAGGUCAAGUGGCACGGUCGACACAGCACUGCAGCACACGUCAAGUCAUGCAGGCAGGAAGUGGACAAAUGGUCGGUAGGCGAUGGGACACACACACACUCUCACACACUCACAUGGUCACAUACUCACGCACACACACAUGCACCGAGCAAGGGAGGGAGGGAGACAGCGAGGCGAGUGCUAGGAGAUGAAUGAAAGGCAAACGAGAUGGGUGGAGGGUGGCAGCAAAAACUCCGACAAGCUACACACACACUCUGUCCAACAGAACAAACCAGGCAAGAGCGGCUAGUAGUCGUCCAUGCCCAUCCCGCCCAUGCCGCCCAUGCCGCCUCCCAUCCCGCCGCCCAUACCACCCUUGCUGUCCUUGUCCUCCUUGGCGUCAGUGAUCAGCGUCUGCACACACAGAAUGCAAUACACACACAUGGCAUGGCAUGGAUAGCAUUCCGCUGGUGCCGCAUUUCGCUUGUUAACACUUCACUCACUGACCUCGGUGGUGGUCAUGAGUGAGGCGACGGAUGCGGCGUCGGCGAGUGCCGUCCUGACGACCUUGGUGGGGUCGAUGAUGCCGUCAGACACCAUGUCGGUGUACUGACCGGUCUGUGCGUUGUAACCCCGGCUCUCAACACCCUCCCUGCACACACACACAUUGACACAGACAAACAUAAUCCGUCAAAAGAGAGGGAGGUUGCAUCGAUGUCUGUCUGUUCCUUCGUCACUCAUCUCCUGGCCUGGCUGACCUGAGGAGGUUGCCGACGACAACGGCGCCCUCCUCGCCGGCAUUUUCUGCGAUGAGUUUGCAGGGCACCUUGAUGGCGUUCUUGACGAUGUCCACGCCCACAGACUGGUCGAAAUUCUCAGUCUGCAGGCCCUCCAGCGACUUGGUCGCGUACAGCAGUGCGAUACCUUCAAUUUGCAGUCAGGAACACACACAUCACACAGGGAGACGUGACGAUAAUCCUCGUCGGUCGGUCGGUGGUGCAACGUAGGUGUUUACCUCCUCCCGGCACGAUGCCCUCCUCGACGGCCGCCUUGGUGGCGCAGAGGGCGUCGUUGAUGCGAUCCUUCACCUCAGCUACCUCAACCUCACUCGCCCCACCAACCUGUAAGUGUCAGGACGGACAGACCGAUGGAGAGGCGCACAAAACACAUACACACACACACACACACAGAGAGGGCGUAUGGCCGUCGAUAGGGCUGUGUGUGUAUAGGCCGUGUGGCAAAGCAAAGCGUUACCUUGAUGACAGCAACGCCUCCUGAGAGUUUGGCAAGCCGCUCCUGCAGCUUCUCUUUCUCGUACUCGCUUGUGGUGGCCGACAUGGCCGAGCGGAUCUGAUCGCAACGCGUGUCCAUCUCAUCCUGCACACAGAAGAGCCAACACCGGGAAGAUAUGAGCACGUCGCCUUGCCCAUUCGUCGAGUGUGGUGUGGUGUGGUGUGGUGUCGGUCUCUCCACAGUGGCCUACCUUGUUGCCCUGGCCGCCCAUUAUGACGGUGUCGUCCUUGGUGAUUGUGACGGUCUUGGCGCGACCCAUCACACUGAUGUCCAGCUGAUCGAGCUUCAUCCCUGUGCAGUUCACACACACACAGAAGGGGCCCCAUUGCGUGUCGACCGCAUUCUGGCCGCUUGUGGCCACUUCUUCUCAUCGCACCUGUUUCCUCAGUGACGACUUGCCCUCCAGUCAGGGUUGCGAGGUCGUGCAGCUGCGCUUUGCGGUGGUCGCCGAAGCCAGGUGCCUUGACGGCACAGAUCUUCAGGCCAAGGCGCAACUUGUUGACGAUGAUCGUCGCAAGCGCCUCACUGACAAAAGGAAAGCAGCACAGCACACAGUGGGUGCUAAUUGUCAUUUUGUGUGUCUGUGUGGGUCUGUCUGACCUGUCGACGUCUUCUGCGAUGAUGAGUAGUGACGCCUGUGUCUGCAGGCAGUGCUCGAGGAUGGGCAGGAUGGACUUGACGCUGCUGAUCUUCUUGUCGUGCAGCAGGAUCAGCGGGUUCUCAAGCUCAACCUGCACACAGAUACACACACACACACACACACACAGAGCAGCACACAAUGGUCUCUUUGGCACCAUCGGCCGCAUCCAGUGGUGUGUGGUGGGAGAGGGGGUACCUACCUUUUGUGUCUUGGGGUUGGUGACGAAGUAGGGCGACACGUAUCCCCUGUCGAACUUGAGGCCCUCCACCACCUCCAUCUCAUGCUCGAGCGUCUUGCCCUCCGUCACCGUAAUCGUGCCCUCACGACCAACCUGCACAUAUCAAAUCAAAGGAGGGGCGUGUGGCUGUCAACCAUUCCAUCUGUGUGGCUGUCGGCACACAUAGCCACGUACGUACCUUCUCCAUGGCGUCAGCGAUGAGCCGACCGACGAUCUUGUCGCCAUUGGCGGAGAUCGUUGCCACCUGCACCAGAGGGAUGUGCAGGUGCAUCAACCACCAGGAGAGUGUGUGGGUCCACUCCGUCCCAUAUGUCUGUCUGUGUGACUGCCGGCCGACCUGGUAGAUCUCUUCUGAGGUGGUGACGUCCUUGGAUCUCUUCUUGAGGUCUUCGAGCACCUUGUCCACAGCCUGGUUGAUGCCUCGCCUUAGGUCCAUCGGGUUCAUCCCCGCCGCAACUGCCUUGCAGCCCUCCUGACACACACACACACACACACACACAGAGAGAGAGAGCGCCACACAUGAUCUAUCGUCUGUCAGUGCUGAUGCUGGUGUGAUUGGUCACUCACCUUGUAGAUGGCUCUCGCGAGGACGGUUGCCGUUGUGGUGCCAUCGCCCGCCUCGUCGUUUGCGGUGCUCGCGACUUGCUUGACAAGCUGAGCACCGAGGUUCAUGCUGCGAUUGGAAAACUCGAUGGCCUUGGCCACCGUCACGCCGUCCUUGGUGAUCUUCGGCGCACCAAACGACUGACCACACACACACACACACACAGACACCCAGCACAGCACACAGACCGUGAUUGUCUCCGCCUCGGGGCUUUCAUGGUGUGCAGGAUGUGACCUGUUCGAUGACGACAUUUCUGCCCUUAGGCCCUAGCGUCACCCCCACAGCGUCCGACAGCUUCUCCACACCCGCCAGCAUCAUGGCUCGCGCAUGAGUGCCGAAGAGGAUCUCUUUGGCGGCAAAACCCCUGCUGAACCGCGGAGGGCGCACCGAUGUGCGACGCAGGGACGACAGCAUGGCGGAUCAGCACAGAGGACUGGGCGUGCUAGAUGUGCAGCCAGCAGCGGCAGCCAGAGCAGUCAAGAGAGAGAUCUGUGGCCUCUUAUGCAGUCUUGACACAAGC